AUCAUGUUCUGAUUACGUUCGUAAUUCCAUGAUGAAUCUAAAAUAUCAAUUAUCGUCAACGAUCCGAAUUCGCGGAGUUGAGUCCAUUACCCGUCGUUGACAAUAUCCACCGAUGAACCAGUAGUAAGAGACCCCGCCUGUCCAUCGGACCGGAAUAUAUUAUUGUACACUGAACAUUAAUCUUUUGAACACUCAACACUUACCUGUUUAUGAACGAUAAGAAUCGAAGAGGAUUUAUCAGACCAACAUCACAAUGGCACAGUCGUUACCAUUCUACCUCUACAAACUGGUUCCCUCUUCGUCUCCUGUCCGGGAGCCACUUCCUGAGCGCUUACCCGUCAGCGAACUCGACCAGGAGUCGGGCUUCAUCCAUCUGUCAACCGCCUUGCAGAUUCCCAACACAUUGAAAUACUUCUUCAAGGACGAGCCGUUAGUCUAUGUGCUGCGUAUAGAAUUCGAGCGAGUCAUGGCCGACAUUAGAUGGGAGUCGCCAGAUGCAAAGGUUUGUGGGCCGCGACCCGAUGAAGGCCUUUUCCCGCAUCUAUAUAACGGGCUGAAGCUGGGAAAACACGAGGUUGAGAGUAUUGCGGUCUGGACGAAUGAGGCUGGGUGGGACAAGGCAAUAUCACAGACGAAACCAUGGCUUUUGUAUUAAAAUCAGAACGAGUUGGUCAAUUACGAUGCAGACUAUGUUUGACAUGUCCAAACUCCUCCUGGAGAUCUCUCUGCUUAAUCACCCAAGGGAUAACAAUGCAUGACCUGC